AGAGAAUCGCUGAAAAACCUCCAGUUGGACUAUCUCGAUGUUUAUCUUAUGCACUGGCCACAUGCUCUCAAGGAAGGCCCUAGUUUGCACCCAAUCGACCCAAAAACAGGCCUAUUUAUCCCAAGCGAUGUCGAUUUUGUCGACACUUGGAAAGCCAUGGAAAAAAUGCACGAAAAAGAUCUCACCAAAUCGAUUGGCAUUUCCAACUUCAACAGUAACCAAAUCGACAGACUUUUAAAAUCGGCCAAAAUCGCCCCUGUUAUAAAUCAGAUUGAAUGUCACCCUUAUUUGAACCAAAGCAAGUUGCGUAAAUUUUGCUCUGAUAGGGGCAUUACUGUAACUUCGUAUAGUCCUUUAGGAUCCCCAGCGAGGCCGUGGCAAAAACCCGGCGAUCCCUAUGUCAUUAACGACCCUAAAAUCAAGGAAAUCGGAAAUAAGUACGGAAAAUCACCCGCGCAAAUUCUGCUCCGGUAUAAUGUGCAGUUAGGAAACGUUGUUAUACCGAAAAGUUCCAACAGAAAUCGGCUUGUGGAAAAUAUGAGCAUUUUUGAUUUCACACUGAGCGAGGACGACAUGAAAUACAUCGGCACUUUCGACUGUAAUGGCAGGAUUUGUCCACAAGCUGAGGCCAGAGAGCACCCGUUCUAUCCCUUUAAGCCCGGAGUUGAAUUUUAAUACGUUUUGUUUUGUGAUUAUGUGUUACGAGUUGUGUAAUAUUGACAAAAACCAAUAAAUGAUAUUUAUAGAAACUGAUAA